GAGCUAGAGAGAAGGAGAAGAAUUGAAGAAGCCUACAAGAAUGCUGUGACAGAACUGAAGAAGAAGUCCCACUUUGGCGGGCCUGACUAUGAGGAGGGUCCUAAUAGUCUGAUUAAUGAAGAAGAAUUCUUUGAUGCUGUUGAAGCUGCUCUGGAUAGACAGGAUAAAAUGGAAGAACAGUCCCAGAAUGAAAAGGUUAGAUUCCACUGGCCAGCUUCCUUACCUUCUGGAGAUGAAUAUUCUGCUGCGGGCACUCAUCGAUUUGUGCAGAUGCCCUAUAGUCGCUCUUCCUCCAUGUCUUCCAUUGAUCUAGUCAGUGCCUCUGAUGAUGUUCACAGAUUCAGCACCCAGGUGGAAGACAUGGUACAAAACCACAUGACAUACUCCUUGCAAGAUGUAGGAGGAGAUGCCAAUUGGCAGCUAGUGGUAGAAGAAGGAGAGAUGAAGGUGUACAGAAGAGAAGUGGAAGAGAAUGGCAUAGUUUUAGACCCUUUGAAAGCUACUCAUGCUGUCAAAGGGGUAACAGGCCAUGAAGUUUGCCACUACUUCUGGAAUGUCGAUGUCCGCAAUGACUGGGAAACAACAAUUGAAAACUUCCAUGUUGUGGAGAACUUAGCCGAUAAUGCAAUCAUCAUUUACCAGACACACAAGAGGGUGUGGCCAGCCUCUCAAAGGGACGUGCUGUACUUGUCUGCCAUCAGAAAGAUACCAGCGUUCAGUGAAAAUGACCCAGAGACAUGGAUUGUGUGCAACUUCUCUGUAGAGCAUGACAGUGCUCCUCUCAACAAUCGCUGUGUCCGUGCCAAAAUCAACAUUGCUAUGAUCUGUCAGACAUUAGUGAGCCCACCAGAGGGGAACAAGGAGAUCAGCAGGGACAACAUCCUCUGCAAGAUCACAUAUGUAGCUAAUG